CUUCAGCUCAAAGCCCAUGCCAGAUGCCACUGCAACCUAGAGCUCUACUAGCUAGCUUAGCUUAGCUUAGCUACUAAUCAUCUCUGAAUUAAUCUCAGUGAUCUACUUACUACUCAUGCCAAGCCUGAAUCACUACAGAUACUUAGCUGCUGUUGUUCUUGAUAGAGCCAUCUCAUCAUCUUCCUCUUCCUCUUCUUCUACCUUGCCUUCAACCUCAAAGAUGAAGAUUGGCAAGGCUCCCGAGCUUCUGAAGAAGGCGGCGACGAUUGUGAGGAGCAAGGCCAGCACAGUCAGGGCCAGGCUCCUCAUCGUCGCCUCCCUCCGCCGAAGGAUGGCCAUGAUCGGCGCCAUAUCGCACCGGAUCCAUGCUCUGAUAGUGGAGAAGGAGAAGGCCAGGGUGGACUACUACCACAAGAACAAGAACCAUGACGGCAACAAGGCCCUCGUGAUGCGAAAGGUUGUAGUCCAUGAUGAGAUGGUGAUCGCCGACGACCAUGAUCGUCAUCUCUCUGAACUGGCAAUGUUCGAUCAAGAGGAUCAUCAUGGCUACAGCACUGAUCACUGGACUCACUCGCUCUUCAACGAUGAUGACACUUGUUACAGUGAUGAUCAAGACGACUGUGGUGAUGAUGAUGGCGAUGAUGACGAGCCGUCGGUCAUCGAUAUAAUCAGGAGCAACCGGGAGGACGAAGGGCUGGAGUUCAACAUAGACGAUGAGAUCGAUCAGGCUGCUGAUAUGUUCAUCAGGAGGAUUCGCAGUCGGAUGAGCCGGAGCGUUUAGACUUUGUGUGCAUGAUUUUGUUCAUGUUCUACUGGCACUGAUGUAUGUGGGAGAUCACUAGUACUGACAAAGUGACAAUAGAUGAAAGGUGACAUACCGUAUAGUUAACCAGGGAUGAAAGGACAAUUAACGUAUGGUUAUAUAUGUUAGCAACUAAGCAACACCUUAUGAUGUGACACAAGAGUGUGUUUGCUCUAAUGAAAUAUGUUACCAUUUUUGGAUGUAAGUUCAGAGUUCA